CACUAGUCUGAUCGAUGAAAGCCACAAGAAAGUCAUGUAGCCUUUAAAAUAUGCCCAUAUUUACACUUACACAAAUAAAACAACCGAAAAAUACACCUUUUAAUGUCUGACGAUCAGUCCAUUUCUACAGCUUCUCCAUUUCAUGUGUGAGGACGUGAAUGAUUGGGUCAGUUUCCAAGUUCCUGAUUUUGGAAUCAAUGCAGAACUAUUAUUAAGGAUCCCCAGAUAUGGCUUUGAUAUGUCAAAUAAGAGCACAUAUUCACAUGUGAUCAGCUAAAUUUGUGAAAACAAUGGCAGAAGGUGGAAUGAAGCCUUCAGAGGGAGGAUGUCCGAAUCUCGGCAAGGUCUUUGAGAUUCUGUCCCAAGCUCCGCAAGAGCGACUGUUCAGCCUGACGUACAAAAUGGGCCGCAAACCGACUGAGGAACUGGUUCAUGCCAUGUGUUUGAUUUUCCUGAAGAAACACGAAGCAGCACAUGCUAAGCUAACAGCUAUCAAGGAUAGCAGGGUUGGAAACUACUUGGCGGAAAUGAUCAAAACUCAUGGAGAGCGCUUGAACUGUAGCCACAUUGGUGGUUUUAUGCAAACGGAUGUCAAUUCGUUAUUGGAUAUCGCAAGAAUUUUCGCCAUUUUGGUGCAGGAGAGUUUGUGCGACAAGUCGCACCGAGACAAAGCUUACUGCAAAGCAGUUGAAUCAUGCAAAACGGCUGGUUUGCUAUCGUUAGACAUCGAAGAGGAAGUUAAGCAAGUCUGCGGGCCUGACGUUAUCAGUACAUCAAACUCAGAACUUCCUACGGAAAUGUGCAAUCCUAAUUCUCUCAAGGUAUCAGACAUAAACCCCGAUCCAUUACCUCCGAAUUCAAAUUUGGAUGUUAGUUCCUAUUAUCUUGAAAUUAGCUCGCCUACUGCUUCAGAAGGCAAUAUCGAAGAAUCAAAGCCGAUGAGCCUCCACACGCCAACAGAAUUCAAAAGUCAAAACAACUUACGAAGUUGUCAUGAUAAAUCAACAAAUAUUUUCGCAAACAGCCAAGCGCAGACUGCAGUAGUCAAUGACACAGCCAGUUCGAAUCGGUGUCGCCAUGACAGCAGACCCUCACAAUUUGUGAUGUCCAAAAACACUAAUUUUUCAUCCAGCCCAAAUGAUGGCGCCAAACCCAAAGCUCAACCCAUAAAUGCUAACGAUCGCAAACCACCAACUCAAGAUAACAGUUUUCACCCUACACUCUUAAGCGAUAUAGACGAAACCUUUUACGCCUUUGUGAUCUUACAUGAAGCCGAAGAUGCUGAUGAAGCACAAAGACUAAGGGAAAAACUUGAGGGAAUCAUUUCCGCAAAUGGCGCAACGUUCUCCGAAGACUUUGCCCAAGCGGGAAGAUCAACGUUAAGAUGCAUCGAGGACGCUAUCGAUAACUCUGCGUUCGUGUUACUACUGCUCACCCAGAACUUCAAAUCCAACCAAAGCAUGACGACCACAGAUUCUGCGAUUGUAAAUUCGCUGGAACACCACCACAAGCUGAACUCCGUUAUUCCGCUGCUACCUCGCGAGAAUCGAUUGUCACGCAAAAAUAUUCCAUUGGUGCUUCAGACGAAGGUGCCUCUCGAUGAAAGCAACAGAACGUUUGAACGCAAGGCCUUAAAGGCCUUAUCGCAGGAUGCUGUGGAAAAACAAAGGAAAAUUUGGAUGAAAAAGCAAACACUUAAAAAACUAGAGGAGGAAUACAAGAGGCGACAGGAGGAGAAUUUCAUAAAUGCAAAUUUACGACUAGAAAGGGAAAAAUUGGCGCGACUAAAACUAGAAAGUGAAUCUCCGCAUAAUAACAUGUUUCAUUCAUCAUCUGCUCAACCUCCGUCAUGUGGACCGAUGCUUCAACAACAUGACUCGUGGCCACAGAAACCAUCGUACAUCCAUAUUGAGAAUGCGCAGAACAUCAUGAUCGGAAAUCAUUCAACGAUGAAUUUUGAGCACACUAAAAGCUCAGCCGAAGAGUCGUAGACCUGUUACGAUUUUUUUAACUUUGUGAGAAAUCACACCCAUCUCUGUGACAGAAGUGUUGUUUUAGCCAAUCAGAACACACUAUGACUGUUAAUCUUUUUAAUGCUGAGAUCCGAUUGGCCGAUAUGUUUUGGGACGGAAUUUGGGAGAGGUCUUAAUAUUACAAUCAACUACAGUUUUAAUUUGACAGAAUACGAAUGUGUUUUCGUCAUGUGUCAGUCAAUGUUAUUUUAGUCCAUGUUCAACAUGGAGGGGUUAAUUACAAUUAUUAAAAAAAUGGUUCAUAUUGUUAAGUAAAUGAUUUUAAUAAAUGAAGAAAAUGAUGAU